ACUGUCAUUGCCGUGCUGACCGUGUUCAUCCUCGUCCUCAAGUUCAGCAUUCUCACCUUCGGGGUUGAGAAGCAGCCGUGGAACACGAGCAAGCAUCUGAAGCGCCUGGUCGGCUUCAUCAUCACUGGUGUCACAGUGCUCGUCGUUGCGGUUCCGGAGGGCCUGCCACUAGCCGUCACCCUCGCUUUGGCCUACUCUGUCCGCAAAAUGAUGGAUGACAAUAAUCUCGUAAGACACUUGGACGCCUGUGAGACCAUGGGUAACGCGACGGCCAUCUGCUCCGACAAGACAGGGACGCUGACCACAAAUCGCAUGACGGCCGUGCAGUGCUAUAUUGGUGAACAACACUACCGCACCCUUCCUAGAGCUGAAGACUUGCCAAAAACAACUGUCGAACUCCUUCUUCAAGGAAUUUCCAUUAACAGCGGUUACACAUCCAAAGUCCUUCCCCCACCACAGCCAGGUGGCCUGGUGGUUCAGGUCGGCAACAAAACAGACUGCGCUCUUCUCGGAUUUGUCAACAGUCUGGGUGGCAACUACGAGACUAUUCGACAGGAGUGGCCUGAAGAACAACUCUACAAGGUCUAUACAUUCAACUCUGUGCGGAAGUCCAUGAGCACCGUCAUCCGAGACCCCAAAGGUGGCUUUCUGAUGUUCACAAAGGGCGCCUCCGAAAUGGUGGUAAAAAGAUGCAAAUGGAUUUUGGAUGCUGAGGGCAAACCGAAACCCUUCUCUGAAGCUGACCAAGAGGUCCUCACCCAGUCCCUCAUCGAGGUGAUGGCCGGCGAUGGACUUCGAACAAUUUGCAUCGCCUACAAACGCUUCAAUACAUGUGAGUCUCCUCCUCCUCCUCCUACCGGAAGAUUUAAAUUCCAUUCACCUACCCUUCUUCACAUCAUUAAGGUGCUCACUGUUGCUCUUUAUGCCCCCUCUAAUAUGCCCAAUGACGUGACUUCGCCACAGGAACCCAACUGGGACGACGAGGAUACGAUUAUUAAUGACCUCACUUGUUUGGGCAUUGUGGGCAUCGAGGAUCCAGUGCGACCCGAAGUGCCCCCGGCCAUUCGCCAAUGCCAGGAGGCAGGCAUCACGGUGCGCAUGGUCACCGGCGACAAUGAUAAGUAUGUCCUGGUCAGCGGUAUCAUCAAGAGUCGUGCUGGUCCAACACGCCAAGUGGUGGCAGUCACCGGCGACGGUACUAAUGAUGCGCCUGCGCUGAAACGAGCUGACGUUGGCUUCGCCAUGGGCAUUGCAGGCACUGAUGUGGCUAAGGAGGCCUCCGACAUCAUCCUUACGGACGACAAUUUCACCAGCAUUGUCAAGGCCGUCAUGUGGGGUCGAAACGUCUACGACUCUAUCGCCAAGUUCCUACAGUUCCAGCUCACUGUCAACGUGGUGGCCAUCCUCGUCGCCUUUAUUGGUGCCGCUGUUGUUUCCGACAGCCCCUUGAAGGCGGUCCAAAUGCUAUGGGUCAACCUUAUCAUGGAUACGCUGGCCUCCCUAGCCUUGGCCACAGAACUGCCAACACCGGAGCUCCUUCAACGUCAGCCCUACGGUCGCACGACUCCCCUAGUGAGCCGGAUGAUGGUCAAAAAUAUUCUCUUCCAUUCGCUUUACCAACUGGCCGUUAUCCUGAGUCUUCUAUUUGCCGGUGGGUAA